UCCAAGAUGAAAAACUUGUGCGCCCUGAUUUUCUUGCUCCUCCUGGCCACCCUCGAAAUCCGGGCCGACUCGGAAUCGGACUGCGACUUCCUAAGCUGUAGCCGGAUUGCGACGUACAAGAAAGUUUGCUCUCGGGAAAAUUUUUCAACCUACUGCUGGUGCGUUCGCGACCGAAGCCAGGGCAGAAAUAGGCUGGUUCGCAUCAGUGUGCCCUGCCAUGAUCCCGCCACGAUAUUCAACCCCCAAACGGGCGGUUGCACCCGGGACACGGCCAGAGUUCGUCAGAUCUGCGCUGAUGAGUUGAAGAAGUUGGGAUACUAGAACAAAUUAAACAAGAAUUACCAGUUUUAUUACAUUUUUCUGUUACU